UGACAACUCAGAAAUAAAUAAAAAUGUUCUGAAAUCACAAUCAAGAUGGAUUCUGUAGACUAGUUAUUUGUUUUAAUAGUUUAAGACGAAGCAACAAUGUCUAAAUAGUAUAUAAACGUAACAUUAUAUUUGGAUAAAUAAAUGUUACGACAAAUUUAAUUUACAAUUCAUUUGCUAUGAAAAAUAAAAACAGUCAAAACUUAUUUACAAAAGUAUAAGCUUGUUGCCGCGCAAUCAAAUUUUACUUUGUGCCUGUUUCGUUUAUUACAUUUCAUUGAAGUGCUGGUUGUAUUAUAAACCGAUUAUUUGUUUUUAUUGUGCAGAUUAUAUUAUAAAUAUAUAUUAAGAAAUAAUAAAUACAACAUGGUUUCUUAAAAUCAGUCUAAUGGUUUCAAGUUUUGUUAUAAUUAUUUUCACUAUCAAGAAAAAUGCAGGGUGAUGAUCCACCUUACCUUCCAGUGGGAACUGAUGUAAGUGCCAAGUAUAAAGGUGCAUUUUGUGAAGCAAAGGUAAAGAAAGUGGUGCGGAACAUUAAGUGCAAGGUAACUCUUAAAGCGGGAGGAAUCGCUACCGUCAAUGACGAUGUAAUAAAAGGUACCUUGCGAGUUGGCAGUACAGUAGAAAUAAAGCAGGAUCCCAAGAAAGAUUCCAUUGAAGCGGUCAUUACUAAAAUACAAGACUGUAGCCAGUACACUGUUGUAUUCGACGAUGGCGACAUCACGACAUUACGUAGAUCGGCUUUGUGUCUCAAGAGCGGAAGGCAUUUCAACGAGAGCGAGACGCUGGAUCAACUGCCCCUCACGCAUCCGGAGCACUUUUCCACGCCCGUCAUAGCCGGCAGACGCGGACGGAGAGGGAGGGCACAAUCCGACGAGAGCGAAGGCGAAGGGAGCUCGCGUCGGACGAAGGCGGACAGCGCGGAGAGGGAGCCUCACGUCGGCCGAGUGGUCCUCGUGGAGUCGGCCAGCGGAGCGGAGCGGAGGCGGCCCCACCAGCCGGCAUUCCCGGCGCUCGUGGUCGCGCCGACCGCUCAGAUCAAGGUCAAGGAGGACUACCUCGUGAGGUCCUUCAAAGACGGCAGAUACUACACCGUGCCGAAGAAAGAGGCGCGCGAGUUCCGCAAGGGUGGCGCCCCCCCGGAGUGGAGCGGCGUAGAGGCGGCGCUGCAGUACCUCGACGACGGUGUGCUGCCGCCGCACUGGGAUCGCGACUCGCUCUUCGACGAGCCCCGGAACACGUCCGACGACAGCUCGGACGACGAGCCUCGCGAGGAGAAGGACCACUUCGUGGCGCAGCUGUACAAGUUCAUGGACGACCGCGGGACUCCGCUCAACCGCAAUCCCACCAUCGCCAACAGAGAUAUCGACCUGUACCGACUCUUUCGAGUGGUGCAGAAGCUGGGAGGCUACAAUCGGGUCACCAACCAAAAUCAAUGGAAGACCAUAGCCGACAAAAUGGGCUUUCACCCUGUCACCACGAGCAUCACCAACUUGUGUAAGCAAGCCUAUAAAAAGUUCCUCCACAGCUUCGAGGAUUUCUAUCGCAAACUGGGCGUGACUCUGGUGGCGCACCCUCGCGGCGCUCGAACGCCUCCCGCCGGGCGCUCGCUCAUCCGAGACCGCGACAAGCAGCCGCCCGCCGCCGCCUCCGCUUCCGCCGCGCCCGCCACGUCCACGCCCACCGCUUCGUCCGCCGCCUCCACGCCCACCUCCGUCUCGUGCUCCUCCACCCGCGGGAGAGACAAGGACUCGGACAAGAGCGAAACGGAGAGGAGCGACAAGAGCGAAAAGAGCGAGAAGGAGGAGAAGAUAGAGAAGUCCCGGGCGAGCGACGAGGACGACAGCGCCGACAACCAGCCGCUGGCACCGCGCUGCGCCACGCCUAAGUCUGAAAAGGAGAAGGAGAAGGAGAAAGACAAGAGUUGGCCCGCGAGCGAAGAGAGGGUCCCCGUCAAGUCUAGAUCCCUCUCGAAGACGAGGAGCCUGCCUCCCGCCAAGAGCGAGUCGCACGAGAAGCGCCUCCCCAAGAGGAGGCCUCUAUCCUCGAAGCUGAACGAGGGCGGCGGCUCCAUCUCUCGAGGCUCGCGAAGACCUCACGUCUCCACCGACAGCGACAGCUCCGGCCGGGUUUCGAGGUGCGGGCUCGGGAAGAAGACGCCGAGUCGGCGGAGUCAGAGCGCCAACUCGGCGAGCAGCGGCAACACCGUGGCCUCCGACGGCGGCAAACGACCGCGCAAGAGGAAGUCCACCGAGUCGGUGCGCGUCGACCGCUCUCCGGCGGUUGCCUGCGCGCGCGGCUCCCGGGUUCUCACGGACGGUUGCCGUCUCGGGCCGUCCGCGAGCGACCCGGUCCGGAGAUUGGGCAGUUCGAACGUCAAGGCGCAAGUGGGCGACAAGCUCAAAGUGUACUACGGCCCCGCCCAGUCGGAAUCGAAGGUGACCUACGAGGCGAAGGUGAUCGAGGUGUCCCGCGGCGGACUCCUGCGCGUGCACUACACGGGCUGGAACACGCGCUACGACGAGUGGAUCAAGCCCCAACGCAUCGCGCUCAACGUCUCGCAGCUCGAGGCCGAGAAGGGGACGAGCGUCGGCCGGCGAGCGAGAAGCAAGCGACCGGAGGGUCACGCGCCGCAGGUUUCGGGUAAAUCCGUACGGACGGACAGCGACAGCGACUCGGACACGGACGCGGACGCGGACUCGAAGGGACCGCCGAAGAAGCCGGACGGCAAAACCAGCCCGAAGACUCCGACGCAAUCCAAGGAGGCCAAGGCCGGCGGCGACGGCCCCGGUAAGCCUCGGAAGAGGCCCGGCCGAGCGGUGUCCACUCCGUCGGCCUCCUCCCCGCCCAAGAGGUUGCGCCUCGACGCGCCUCAUCCGAGCCAGGGACGCCAAGGCAGGGACUACGACCUCAACGAGAUACGGUCCGAACUCAAAGGCCUUCAGACCGUGAAACAGGAGCCGGAGGAGGCGAUCGACGACGAACCCGUCCCGGCCGACCCGUCGGAUGCGGAACCCGCCGCGGCGCCGACGGCCUCCGCAGAGGGAGCCCGGCCGGACGGGCAGACCGAAGACGUCUACGAGUUCAAAGAGCCGGAGCCGUUCGAACUGGAGCUGCACGAUGAGAAGAAAAAGAGAACUCAUCGAAUCUUCGAUGACAUUUCGCCCACGAAGUACGCCUCGACUCUGUCCAAAUCCCUCAGCGAAGAGAUAUCCGAAGAUCCCGCGAGACCUAGACCGGCGUUCGGGUCGCCUUCGCCCUCGCCUUUCGGAGAAUUUGCCCCCUCUUGCGACCCCCCCGAGCGGGGCAGCCCCGAAGGAGACUCCAAGGACGGCUCGUUCUCCCUGGACGACGACUCUCUUCCCGGCGAAGGGAGUUCGGGGCCCGUUUUCGAAGGGUUCACUCCCGCUAAGAACCAAGAGACGUAUUCCAAAAAAAAUAAAGUUCCUAAAAUGCGAGAGAUGAUAGACGACUCUCCGGAGAGUCCGGCCGAUGACGAACGGUCGUCGGACGACGAGCGCGAGGUCACCGUCAAGGAAGAGGAGCGUUCGCUCAGCCCGACCAUCUCGACGCCCGUCGCCAAGAAAACGGCCGAAGCCAUCGAGGAAGAGCCCGGCGAGGGAGGAACCGAGCGAAACGAGGAGGUCAAGGACGCCAUCACCCUUCUGGAGGAAUUGCCGCCUCUCGAGUCUAUUCCGAUGCCUCCCGACACUCCGCCCCCGCAGAGCGAGAUCCAAAUCGCCGGAGCCUCGCCGAAGGAAGACGUCGAACCCGCCGAAGACACGAAAGAAGAGAAAAUAUCAGCGGAAGAAAUGAACCUUUCGUCUAUUCCGCUUCCCGAGGCCGAACCGAAAACACCGCCCAGGCCAAUAAAGAUAGAGCGACUCGACCCCGACCCCGCUCCGGCCGAGCUCGACGCGCCUUCGAGCCCGAUCGACACCGAGGAAGACAAGUCGGAGCCCGACAGUCCCGCGCGGAUCGACGUCCUGCCGGAACCUCCUCCCGGAUUCCUGUUGCAAUCCGAGGGCCCCAAAAUCGCCGAGAAAUUACUCAAAGCCAUCAACAGCGCCAAGCGCCUGUCCACGUCGCCGCCCCCGGCGGAGGCCCGACCCGACACUCCCGAGAGGGACGGGCCCUCCGUCGUGAGGUUGGACGGCGACGAGUCGCAGGUUCUCGCCGAGCCGAGGCAACUCGCCCCGAAGCCGGAAUCGCUGAAGCCCCCGGCCAGACUCGAGGUCGCCAAGAGAUCGAGUCCCGCGGAAACGAAAGAAUCCACGUUCGGCGAAUCGGCCGACGCGUCGGACGCGAGACGCGAAGCCGCGGAUAUCAAAAAGGUGAAGCCCAAAGAGUCGCCGCUCUCGCCGCCCUCGCUGCGGGCCACCCCGAGCGCGCUCGAGAGGCGGAAGAGCGCGGCCGAUCUGCCGCUCGGCCCGGGGAAGAACAACAAGGUGCUGAGCGACACGAUCCAAAAACUAUCCAGUCAAAUCAACCAGUCGGCGUCGGCGGCCGCUCCGCCCCCGCAGCCCUUCCGGCCCGAGGACGACGGAGGCGACUCCACGGAUUCGGACGACUCCGACAGAAGGUUGAUCAUCGACAGGGCGGCCGACGAGCGCGCCGGGCCCCACGCCGGCAAGUCGGCGGGCGAGUGGAGCGCCGGCCAGACUCUGCUCAUGCUGGAGGACGCCUGCAAGAAUCAGCGCAAGCACGGCGCCAACGUGGUGGUGGCCGGCGGCGGCCGCGGCGCGGCCCCGGAGGACGACGGCAGCCUGUCCCUGCUGCUGUGCGAGGAGACCAUCCCGGGCUCCCCGGCUCCCGACGCCGAGCCGGCGCCUUCGCGAAACCCCGCGCCGCACACGCCCUUCGCCUGCGCGCCGCAGCAUCAUCACCGGGACGCCCCCGGCGGCCCGGGCGCGUUCGCCGGGGCGGCCCGCGCCGCGUCCGGCGACCGGCGACGAGAUUCCGGAGAGGCGCGGCAGGCCGAGGCCGACGCCGCUCGAGACGAAGACCGGGGCGACGCGUGGCCGAGGAGGCACGCCCUGAUCGACAACACGCCGCCCACCACGCCCGACAGCAGCCUGGACCUGUCGCCGCCCAGAGAGCGCCGCGCGUCGGAGCGAGACGGCCCCGCGGAGCGCAAGGACGAGGAGGACGACGGCCGGGCGCCGCCCGACGGAGACGGACCGGCCGGUGAGUUCCGUCUCUUCGGAGCGACCCAGCGAACGAAUCCGAUCUAUCCUUGGAACGUGUCGGCAGCGGGCGGACGGGCGCGGCUGACGUCGGAGAGCUCGAGCUGCGGGCGCGGCAGGGGCCGGCGGCUCCGCCGGGACACGGACGACCACCACCCGCUCAAGUACGACUUCUACGUGGAUCUCGACCCCGCCUGGGACUCUCGGUCGCGCAUCAAGCUGCUGACGACGAGGAUGUCGGACCUCCGCAAGGCGUACCACUCCGUCAAGGCCGAGUUGGCGGCCAUCGAUCGCCGAAGAAAAAAAUUGAGACGCAAAGAGAGAGAGGCCGUGAAAGCCGCCAAGGCGGCGUGCUCGUGACGGGAGCGGCCUCUCCCCGCCUCGUUCGCUGUGCAAUAAUGCGGCCUUCGUUCGCGGGUGCGUCGGGUGCCGGAUGCAGUACGACGGUAUAUGGACGGACAUGUAUAUAGUUGUGUUUAAAUGAUGUAUGACUCGAUGUUAUAGAAUUUUACUUAAUAAAGCGUUUGCACAAUA